CGCUUCGAACGAGCUCGAACACGUUUUCCCAUGCGUGCCUAAGCCCACGGGAAGAUGGCUGGAUCUGCAACACCGCAAGACGCCAUCCCUGCGCGGAAGUCAGGCCGAGUCGAGCUCCAGGCGCCGUCCCAUGCAUGGAUCUCUUGGAUCAUUCUACUGGCUUACCUCUUCGUUUUCGCCGAAGGGGUGGCCAUUUUUGCCGGCUACUACGGUCCUGAAAUCCUGCCCCGCGUGAGCGCCGCGCAGUUUCACCUUUGCAGCAUCUACGUUGUGGAGGUGGCCAUUGCCCUGGGCCCUGGCUGGUGUGCGAUGUCACCUGGCUGGACGUGCGGCGAGCUUAUUGCGCACCACGCGCCGUACACCUUCGCAGUCAUGCUGUGCUUUGCGCUGAAUCAACAACAUGUUUGGAUUCUGCCACUCUGCGUUGUCCUCCUCACGCCCCUGAAUGAGGGUCUCUUCAUCAUCAACAGCCUCGGAGCUCCAGGUUGGGUCUCGAAAGUUCGACGCGCCUAUGGGUUCCUGGUCAUUGUGCUGCUGAUCAUGUCCGAGAUCAAGACCUGGAUGGAAGUCAUGCACAAGCACUGGGUGGACAAUUCGCUGAUCAUGCUGAUGUUGGACCAAUGUGUCUUCCCUGCCAUCUACUACCACUUCAAUUUGAACAAGGUUCCACGACAGCAUCGGCUGUGAGGCGCAACACGGCGUGGCAAAGCCUUGCCAGCAGGCGGUGAAAACAGCCGACCAUUACAAAAGGAACCUGACGGGGUCCGGUUUGAACCGAGGUUCCAUGAGUGCGAUCUCUUCGGGCAGGAUGCACGUUUUGAAAAUGGGGGCCUAAAGCCAGGGACCG